UUUUCAGAAAGAUAAUCAACCCGUUAGCACUGAAUCGAAACCUGUUCUUCGAUAGAAGUCGGUGAAUAUAGAAGGCAGCCAUAUAGGCAUGUAAACGGAGUUAAAAUAAGAAAUAGACAGACAGAUAAGUAACCCGUUUGAGCUGAAUUUCCAGUUCUUAGAUAUAAAGCAGUCAACACAAUGUAGGAGGCAGAAGUUAAGAUGAUUGACUUUACAGCAAUUGCACUAACAUGAAGCAUGUUCUUAAAUAGAAAGAAAGUUCUUUGAAAACAGACAAAUAUACUAGAUGAACAAAAUACUAAAGAAACCUAAAUGAACAAAAUGAGUGGAAAUCCGAGAAAACGACCAAGAAAUGUCUCAGAUGAUGUUGAUGUCACAAGAUGCAUUAUCUGCCAAAAUGAAACAAAAUAUCCAACAACUGGCACUGAAAGAGGCAGGAUAGCCAUUCAAGAAGCUGCUGAGAUACGAAAGGAUAUAGUUCAUGAUAGACUGCUGAGAUUAGACAAUAACAAUUUUGUUUAUCAUGUCACAUAUUAUUGUUAUUUGUCAUAUACACAUACAAAAUCAUUGCUUAAUUUAUCAAACGAUAGCACGUCUACUAAAACUGACGAUAAUAAUAACGAUACGUCAACUCGAAUACAUCGUUCUGAUGUCAAACCAAGAAGCAAGUCACUUAAAGAGGACAGUCAUUUUAAGACUGUAUGUAUUGUAUGUUGCCAAAUAAGAUAUAAAGGUAAGCAUGACAAAUCAAGGAUUUCAGACAGUUCAAUGGCCAGAAAUUUUCUAAAGGCUACCGUUUCCAUGCAAGAUGAUGUGUUUUUACGCACAUAUGAUUUACAAGAUGAACAUUCAGUGUUUGGCGCAAACUUGUAUUACCAUAAGCUUUGCAUGCUUAAUUACUUUAGACGUUACGAUGAUACGAGGACUACAUUGGAGUUAGGUGAUAACCGGAAUUCACUUAGACAGAGGUUAUUUAGUACAUGUGUCAGUGUCUUGGAAGAAAAAAUACAAUCUAAAAGCACAGUUUCCCUAAGAGGUUUGAGGGACCAUUUGAACAAAUCACUGCCUGCUAAUCAAAUAAAAUUUAGUAACAGACAAUUGAGGAUGAUGAUAUAUGAUCAUUUUGGUGAAGAUAUUUAUAUCACUAGGGGAUCAAGAAUUUACGAAUCUGCCAAGGUAAUAUCAGCACGAAAUGCAACAGCAACUACAGAUGUUGACCCGAAUAAUAUCCUGAAGCAAUGUGCACAAGUUCUUCGUGGUGAAGUCUGAAAAACUGAUUUUGAUCUGUGUGAUAGAUUCUGCGACUCAAAUGAACUUAAAGAUUCUUGGGAAAACACAAAGAUUCCUACAGCAUGGCACAUAUUCUUCGGUACUCUCUUUAAAAUUGACAAACAAACUAAACGAAGACAGGGUUUAAAAUAUAACACAAUAUCUACCGAUGCUGUUAAUGAUAACUGUGGAAACAAUAUUGACAACGACACAUCUAAUGAUUCUGACAUCGGGGAUGAGAAUGAAACACUCGAUAGUGCUAAAGGAAACCAUGAUGACGAUGAUGAUUAUGAUGAUGAGGAGGAGGAGGAUGACAAUGUCGACGCUUAUGUUGAUGAAAAUGAUGAAACCAUUCACGACCAUGUUGUUGUUUUCACUGCCAGUGUAAAAGUGGGGAAUCAGAUGGCUGCUGCAAGAACCUACAUGUACUUCUUUCAGUACCAAUGAUAUUGUAAACUCAACAGCAUCCAACAAUAGUGAUUAUUCGGGGUUGCACGCUAUAAAUUGAAUGUAUCGCAAAUGAUCUUUUGACAGAACUCGUUGUCAAAAUUAAGAUUCAUGUACUACACUUCAUAGUGCAUAUUUUACAUAUAGUUCAUUAAGUUAUGACGAUAAAGUAUUUGAAAUGAACAUAAUGUCAAACAUAUCAAACGUCAUGGUUUUGUUCAUGUAUAGUUUAGUUUGUUUAAACAUGCAAUCUUAACAAGAAUAAUCACGGUAACUGACUCCUUUUUUGCGUAAGUUAUACAUUAUGAUGAUGAAUGAAAUGUUUUUUUUCUUUUUGUUUAUUGUGAUUAUACAAUCAAAUACUUGUUACAAAUUUUACAAAAUUAUCUCCUGUUGCAAUGUGGGAAAAAUAUUUAUAUUAAUAUUGCAUUAGUUAUAUUGAUAAAGGUAUAGUCCUUACAAGAAAGGUGUGUUUCGCUAGCUAUACAAAACCUGAUAAAUUUAUGUCUUAUUACUUAUAGUGAUUGAUAUUAUUGUCUUAUUACUUAUUGCGAUUACAUUGUGAUAAUUAUACAGUCAUAUACAUAUAUCUGUCCUCUGUUGCAAUCUUAAUAUACAUAGUUAAUUAUGUAAACAUUACAUUAUUUAUAAAGAUUAAGGUAUAGUCUAAAAUAAGACGACCGACUGUUGGUGACUCAAGUUAUAUUUCUUCUUUGUGAUGUGAUUAUUAAGAAUGUAAAAAAUAUAAUGCUAUAUAUUUAUAUAUUUGACUGACUCUGUUACCUCAUGUUCUUCACAUAUUCAAUGCAAAUUUGUAGUACAUGCACAUUUGAUUAUAUGUUAAUUUUACAUUGAUUAUAGCUUGAAAGCAA